GGCUGUCUCAAUGUUUUUGAGAGGAGAGGGAGAAAGGGAGAGAGAGAGGGGAAGUUAAGAGAUUGGCGAGCAGAUCAGCAGACAGUUGCUUUCUUCCGUUUGGCUCACUUUGAUAAAAUAUAUUUAUGCGUGUGUGUAUAUAUAAAGCCUGAGGAAGUUUGGCCAACGGUUAACUUCCCUCCAAACGUUGUAGAUUCCCUUGGAAUCAAAGCAAAGCUUAGCAAAACAGCAGUUGAUUAUUGGUCACCAUCUGAAACCCAACCUCACCUUCCUGACACGUCCUUCAUACCAAUCUUUUCUUCAUCCUCUGUUUCUCGUCCUCCUAUAAACACUUUAGGUCUCUCUUAUUCUUCAUAUUCAGCUUCAUCAGUGGAGCCCCACUUGAAUUUCUCAUCUCUGGUUGAAGCUUUCUGCUCUGUAUGUGUUUGCUGAAAGUUCCAUCCUCUUGGCCUUCAAGAUCAGCUGGGUUUUAUUGCUGAGGUUUUAAGCAAGUUUCAUGAUAUAAAAUUAUAGCUUUUGUGCUCCUUCUUCUUCGUCUUCUUCUUAUUCAGCUCUGUCCAUAGAAUUCCUUCCUAGAGUUUAUUAUUACCUCUAAGGAUUUUGCUGGCGAAGUGUUUGCUGAAACGUUCGUGCUCUGGGAUUUCAAAAUCAGCCGGGUUUUAUUGCUGAGACUUCAGACCCAGGAAGUUCUUGAAGUUCAAGUUUUCAUGGUAUGAAGUUCUGGCUUAUUGCGGAGUUCUGAAGCAUAUGGGAGUCGGUCCUAAUAUGUUCACAAAUUCUCAGACGGUAUUGAAGUCACAAACCCAUCAAAGCUUUUCGUAUAAUUGUCAAUUUAUCAGACUCACAAGAAAGUUGGUUAUCUGCAAUCCUUCAUGCUAUUUUUAACAUAUAGAAUUCUGUAAGAGUGUUUAUCUGAUAUAGGCAAAAAAGGGCGUCUUCUGUUCAUGCUUUAGAAACUUUUCAGCUUGAUUCCAAAAUAACACUUUGAGAUGAAUUCCGGGAUCUUGAUUUUUGCUUCAAACUCUGCAUCAAGAGAAGAUAGACUGGCUAGUGCCAGAAACAGGUCUUCUCAUAAUUCAAGGCCUUCCUUUUUAAUUCGGAUGGCCAUGAGAAUAUCCAGAGCAAGAUGGUUCACCUUCUUAAGAAGAGUUUUCCAUUACCAAAAUGGAUCAAGGUCUGACCUUGGCUCCAAUCCUUUCAAUUCCAGCACAUGGAUGACAUUAGAGUUGAUUGCUCUGAUGGUCCAGAUAACCCUCACAACCUUGGUUUUGUCCAUUUCUAAGAGGGAGAGACCUGUUUGGCCUAUGAGGAUAUGGAUUUCUGGUUAUGAUAUUGGCUGUCUGCUCAAUCUGCUGCUGCUUUAUGGCCGCUAUCGUCAGCUUUAUUUGUCUCAUGGAGAUGCUCUUAGCCUCUCUGAUAUGGAACAGCAGAGAGGCAAUGAAGAAACCAGGUGUUCACAUUUGAUGAACAAAUGCAGGACUUCACUGGAGCUUUUCUUCGCCAUAUGGUUUGUCAUGGGAAAUGUUUGGGUUUUUGACUCACGUUUUGGGUCAUUUCAAAGUGCUCCAAAACUGCAUGUGCUCUGCAUCGCCUUGCUUGCAUGGAAUGCCAUAACCUACUCUUUCCCUUUCCUUCUAUUCCUCCUGCUCUGCUGCUGUGUGCCUCUAAUCAGCAGCCUCCUCGGUUACAACAUGAACAUGGCAUCUUCUGAUAAGGGAGCUUCUGAUGAUCAAAUCUCACAGCUUCCAAGUUGGAGAUACAAGCAAGUUCAUAACAAGUUGGAGAAUGGCCAUGAUUCUGCAGCCAGUGAAGGGCUGGUCAAUGAAGAUCCUGAAUGUUGCAUUUGCUUGACCAAAUACAAAGAUAGAGAAGAAGUGAGGCAAUUGCCAUGUUCUCAUAUGUUUCACCAAAAAUGUGUGGAUCAAUGGCUGAGAAUCAUAUCUUGUUGCCCCCUAUGUAAACAAGGAUUACAAAGAUAGAAAAGAGGAAAAAUAAAAUCAUAUAUGCUCAAGUGGUAACACUUUAUACACAAAAUUACAUUUCCCUAAAAGGGUUUCCAGUUUGGUCUGAUACUUCAAAUGGGGUUACAGUUUACUUGAGUGAGUUUGUGCAUGUACAGAAGAGCUCACCAGUAACAAAAAAACCCCUAACACACUAUUUGGUUCCUAAGACUGGAUCCAUAUUACUUUUCAGAUUAGUGGAUUGAUUGUUUGUACAUUAGGUUUUGUUCUGUCAUUUACAUAUUGUGUUAUGAGCAUUUUCUUUAUUGAAUAAUAGAGAAGCAUAUAUAAUUUUACUUUUUA